AGGCAAUGCGCGAGAUGGCAGCAGUGGCUGACGUCGCGUGCCGAUGUCCGGGGUGGCGGGUGAACGAGAGUCAGUUGACGGCGCGACUUGCCCUCGUCGAGUUAGUUCGAACUUUUUCAUCGAACGGACGAGCAACUGGCAAAAAGCACUUCGCAUUAAUGCGGUGCGCAACGAACGGAGGCUUCCAGUAGAGUAUUUCUUAGUGAAUCGUAAAUCGUUAGUCGUUAAUUGUGCAAGGUGUCAAGUGUGAAGCUUCGCAUUGAAUAGAUUGCAUUCGUAAGACGUAAAACGUAAAACUGUUAAGCAUUGUGCGGAACUGUGGAACUACGGGAAAAUAAAAGUGAUAUAUAUUAAUAAUCCGUAUCGCACUCUCCGUUUGCCCUCUCUGGUAUUCUAUUGCUUUCCGCGGUGCACGUGUAACCAGGAUUAACAUUACAUGAGGGAAAGUGAACACCGAAGAGACGUGUCAGGUAACGCGAUUCGAGUGGAAAAACUGGAAAGACGACUUGUCCCGGAAAUUUCGUCGCCUCAACUUCGCAGACAUUUAAUUGCAUUGGAUCGGAACGGGUCGCAUGGAGACGACGUGUGUUCAUCUACAAUUAAGGGGAGGACUGGAGGAUGAAGUGGCAAGCGAAGUGACGAGGAGGGGAUGAGGUGGCUGAGCACUCGAUGAUUGUAAAGAAGAGAAGUGCGACGAUGUGGUGGAGCACGGGCAACCGGGUGGGUCGAACGGUUCGGACACGUAGCAGGCGAAGGUGGCGGACACGCGCCGGUAUCCGAAUUAUUUAUUCGGUCUUGUUGGCCGCGUGCGUCGCGGCACAGGAAGGAGAAGCCAAAGUCGCAGAGUGCCCGCCUCCGGAAUCGAUACCCGGCUGCCCCUGCUACAAUUUCGAGGACGGCCUCUUUCUUGAGUGUGCCGGCGCCACCGAGGAAUCCCUGCGAGUCGCGCUGCUCGGCGUCUCGAGCGUCGCCGGUUCCGAAGGUAAACUCAUCGAAAAGAAAGGUGCGGCGGUGCAGUCGCUGAGUGUCUACGAGCUGGACCGAAAGGUAGAGGAGUUACGUGGAGCGGCGUUUCCGGACGGCAGCAGGAUCCGACAUCUACAGAUUUCCCAUUCGGCGAUUCGCGAGAUCAGCGAGGAUGCGUUCGUGCCACUGAGCUCCAGUCUCGAGUCCCUGGGACUGGUCUCCGGGAAGCUGACGCAGGUACCUCAGAAGGCCCUUGCGCUGUUAAGCCGGCUGGCGGCCCUCGACAUCGAAGCUAACCUCAUCCACGAGUUACCCAGCUAUUGCUUCUAUGGACUCUCCCUGAUUAAACUGAAUACCAAGGGGAAUCAGAUCGGCAAGAUAUCCGAGUACGCGUUCGCCGGUCUCGAGAGCACACUGACCGACCUGGACCUCGCGGAGAAUAAGAUCAGGAUGUUCCCGAUGACAGCACUCAGACGACUGGAACAUCUGACCUCGCUGAAGCUCGCGUGGAACGAGAUCUCCCACCUCCCCGAGGAUGGGUACUCGCGCCUCGAGGCUCUCAACUUCCUAGACCUGAGUAGCAACAACUUCGAAGCAAUUCCUCUGAAUUGCUUCCGCUGUUGUCCCUCCUUGAGGACCCUCUCCCUCUACUACAAUGCAAUUGAGUCCGUUGAUAAGGAUGCCUUCAUAUCGCUGAUUGACCUCGAGUCGAUAGACCUCAGCCACAACAAGAUCGUCUUUCUCGACGUAGCGACAUUUCGCGCGAAUCAGAAGCUACGGUCGAUCGACCUCAGUCACAAUCACAUCCAUUACAUCAGAGGCGUCUUCUCUCGGCUGCCCGAAUUAAAGGAGCUCUUUCUCGCCGAAAACAACAUCCUCGAAAUUCCGGCGGAUUCCUUUGCCGGGAGCUCCAGCCUGUCGGUCCUCUACCUUCAGCAGAACGCAAUAAGGCGCGUCGACGCGAGGGGCCUCGCGACCCUCGGCAGACUCACGCAACUGCAUCUCAGCGGGAAUUACGUCGAGAGGGUUCCGCGUGACUUUCUCGAACACUGCGAGAGACUCUCCUCUCUCUCGCUCGACGGGAACAGUAUCCGCGAGCUUGAGGUCGGGACGUUCGCCAGGGCGAAUCAGCUUCGCGAGCUGCGGCUUCAAGACAAUCAGAUCGCCGAGGUGAAGCGAGGUGUCUUCUCCCCGUUGCCCUCCCUCUUGGAGCUUCACCUCCAGAACAACGCAAUCACCGACAUGGAGACGGGCGCACUUCGUUCCCUUCACAGCCUUCAACACGUGAACCUUCAGGGCAACCUCCUCGCAGUUCUUGGCGACGUCUUUCAGGUGUCCGGGAAUGAUCCCGAGCGACAUGGAAAUGGCCACGGGAACGAAAAUGCUAACGGAAUGUCGCCCGGAAGUUCCCUGGUCUCGAUUCAGUUGGACAAUAAUGGGCUGGGCGUACUUCACAACGACUCGUUGCGCGGACAGGCGUCGGUGCGCAUUAUGUGGCUCGGGCACAAUCGGCUGACGCGUCUUCAGGCGCCGCUCUUUCGCGACCUUCUCCUCGUCGAACGUCUUUAUCUGACGAACAACUCAAUAUCGCGGAUCGAGGACACGGCCUUUCAGCCGAUGCAGGCCCUCAAGUUCCUUGAAUUGAGCAUGAAUCGACUGAACCACGUGACCGUCAGGACCUUCUCGGAACUCCACGAGCUGGAGGAGCUCUAUCUUCAGGACAACGGAUUGAGCCGUCUCGAUCCGUACGCGCUUACGGCCCUCAAGAGACUUCGAGUCCUCGACCUCGCCAACAACCACCUGAACGUCCUUCACGACAGUAUCUUUCAGGAAGGCUUGCCUAUCAGAACUUUGAACUUGCGCAAUUGCACAGUCAGUGUAAUUGAACGCGGUGCCUUCCGCGGGCUUAAUAAUCUCUACGAGCUCAACCUGGAACACAACCAUUUGACGGCCGCUGCUCUCGAUCGCCUCGAUAUACCUGGACUUCGCGUUCUCCGGAUCUCCUACAACAACUUUAGCCAGAUAAGCGGCGACUCGCUCGACGGUCUGCCGUCCCUGCAGCAGUUGACUAUGGACGCUGGACAAGUUCACCGGAUGCCCGCCGAGUUAUUCUUGAAGAACAAAAAUCUCGGCAAGCUUCACUUGAGCAAUAACCUUCUGCAGUCACUGCCCGGACUUCUCUUUAUCGGGCUAGAUGCAUUGAAGGAAGUCAAGCUGGACGGGAAUCGCUUUCAGGAGGUGCCUUACGACGUCUUCGGAAACGCUACCACCAUCGAGAUUCUCUCUCUCGCUAACAACGCGAUCCUCCGUGUAGACGCCUCGCGUCUCAACGGACUCGUCGGCCUUAAAGAACUGGACUUGCGUGGCAACGGCAUAAGAUCUCUCUCCGGUUUUGCUGCCGCUAAUCUCUCACGACUUCUUUCCGUAGACCUAAGCCUUAAUCAUCUUACGGCUCUACCAGCCAACUUCUUUCUGCGCUCCAGUCUUCUGCGUAAACUCGAACUGGCAGGAAACAGAUUCCGACAGAUCCCUGCACUCGCUCUCUCCGCACAAAAUAUCCCGAGUCUCGGCUGGCUGAAUCUCACCGCAAAUCCUCUCUCGAGGAUCCACGAGAUCAGUUCCGAAGCGAGCUACCCAGCUCUACGUGAAAUUCACAUAUCCGGGACUAAUCUGACGAUAGUCACGAGCCAGGACUUUGAAGCCUUCCCGGCGCUGAUGCACCUUUUUAUGGGCAGUAACAUGAUAUCGAGAGUCUCGCCGAGCGCAUUCCGCGCCCUGCCCGAGCUCCUGACCCUCGACCUCAGUCUGAACGAGCUGGACCUGCUCCCGCAAGAGAGACUCAAGGGUCUCGAACAUCUGCGCUUACUCAACCUUACCCACAAUCGGCUAAAGGAGCUAGAGGAUUUCCCUCCCGAUCUAAAGGACCUCCAAGUCCUCGAUCUAUCCUACAAUCAAAUUGGCACCGUCCGCAAGGGAACUUUCCAGCAUCUUGAGAGUCUCGCCGAACUUCACCUCUACGGAAACUGGAUUUCUUCAAUAUCUUCGGACGCGUUCAGGCCUCUCAAGAAAUUACGAAUCCUCGACCUCAGCAGAAAUUACCUAGAGAAUCUACCAUUGAACGCUUUUCGUCCCCUCGAGACCCAGAUCCGAAGUCUACGAGCCGAAGAGAAUCCUCUACAUUGCGGCUGCGAGUCUCAGGAAUUGUGGGAAUGGUUGCGCGAUCAUCAGAAACUAGUCGGCGGUCUUGGACGCCACAGGGCUGCUGGAAUGGGAGGAGGGAUGAAGGACAUGGAGGUCGGACUGCUGCGGUGCGAGCAACCCCCGGAGCUUCGUGGGCUCGUCUUCCUGGACCUCGACCCGCACGCCUUCUGUUCAGCUCCGUUGAUCUUAAAACUCGCCAUACAGGACAUACAGCCGUUCUCGGUCCUCGUUUCGUGGCAGAGCCGAAAUCACUCGGGUCUCCAUGGAUACCAGGUCGCCUAUCACGCGCUCGACAGUGUUGACGAGGUUCGCGGAAAGGUGCUCGAGCCGAAUGCCCGAUCCGUAAAACUUUCGAAACUUCUUUCCAAUACGCGAUAUUUGAUAUGCGUCCUCGGGCUUGGGAAUUGGCUCGCGAUGAGUGACCACGACGAAGAAAGUUCAGUUGAGAGGCUAAGCGACUCCAGAGGCGACGGCAUUGAAUCAAACGCCUUCCCAGAGAUGAUUGACUCUCUCACGAGCCGCUGCACCGAGGUCAAGACCCUCGAAGCACCUGGCGCCGUAAUUGGCACCGACGGCUCCGUGAGCGACGUCACAGGCGUCAGCAGUAUUCUCACGAGGCGACUUGGGCUGAUCGUCGGUUGCUGCAUGGGCUUUGUCGUCUUCGUCGUUCUUGUCUCCGUCCUGGGUUACCUCAAGGUCAAGAAGCAGAAAGAGGCCGUCAAGAGGGAUCAGCAACCUAUUCCACCCGAGUACAUCUCCUAUAGACACUUUAGCAUCCAGAGCGGCGAGGCUGGCCAGGCUGCAGCAGCCAGAGCCGCCAUCCAGGAAAGUGGCCACCAUCCCAGCUUCAUAAGCACCAUGGGUAACGCGUCUCUCAACGUCUAACGACGAACGCAAACUAUAAGUGGUCAACUGUAGGAAGAUGAACGAAAAUGGUAGCACCGAUAAGCUGCCCGAAUGAAGCGGGGUUGAGAGUAAAUUGGGAUAGGGGCAUAGAGAGCGGAAAAGGAAAAGAAGUGGAUGGAAAGGCAUUAACGUCUAUAAGAAAUACGAGAGAAGGAGUCACAGAAGGAAAAUGAAAUGGUGAAGGUACGAGACCCGUCCUUGACGCUUAGAAGAGUCGCCGAAAGUACGGUGAUUUUAUAUAAGUGAUUUUGUACGAGCUUUAAUUUACUUUGAGAAUAGUAACGGUAGUACUAAUGAUAACGCUAAGUAUAAUGGAGCGCGGACGUCGAUCGAGUUUGAUUGCGAUUUUUUGUUAGGCGCGGCUGUGUUGAAACGCGCCGUAGUUGAAAUCACUCGAAAUUGCGAGAAAUUCGUUAGGGACUUACAUAUAGAAUAGUGUGACGCGUUGCCGACUCAAUACCACGGAGUACUGUACUACUCGUAUUAUAACUUGGGACUUUGUUCGUGGCCAAGUGGUGCCGACAUCCUGAUGACUACGUCUCCCCCGUACUCCCCCGUUAUCAGCAUUACUUAAUCUAUUUUCCGAUCCCAAUUUGCUUUUCCCUGGCGUUCUCGACACAGUCGUCUCUGUCGUCUCUGUCGUCUCUGUCGUCUCCAUCGUCAUCAUCCGAGAACGUCUCAGGGCAUCGAGCGCUGACCAUCCAACAUACUCGCGUUCUCAUCUGGAUGUUCCUUUUAUACUGUCGAGCUUGACACUUGUCAAUCUACCGUGCUGCAUCCCUUGCCGACGAACGAAUCUCUACCAAUCUCUACUAAUAGAAAGAAGAAGAGAAGAUCGAGAGUGCGCGAUGGUGUCCAAGUGAAUGCGUACACGUCUUAAGAAUUUGUAGAAAGGAGUUAUAGGCUAGUGCGAGAGUGGUCGUACCUCGAUGAUAUUGUUUGUUAAGAAAGAGGGACAAAGAGUCACGGCACUAGGUAUAUGUAUCAUCACACGUGUACACCUACGUCACUGUAAUAAAACGCCAAUCUUUUUACAAUA